UCCUCGGGCAGUUGAUUGUGCCCUGCACUAGAGAAAAGUCUGGAAAUGAUAUAUUCUUGGGCUGUAUUCCUCUGCCCUGGAAUUCAUCCAGUUACUUCCGGAAACACUGACCCUCUGCUUACUCUGACACAUCCUCAGUGAAGGUCUGAUGGACAGACCCUUUCCGGUGACCUUGUGGCUUUCUUCUUUCAUGUGGAAGUUGGAAGACAAGGUGAAAGGGGCCAAAAGUUAUCUGCUUUGGUGAAUACGAGUGCUCCACUUGGUUCUCAGAACAUGGGCCCUCGUUUAAAGCUGCAGCUGUGAUCCUCGGCUGUCUGUUGGCAUUGAAGGGACCUGAUGUUUUACGUUAUUGGGGGAAUCACAGUAUCUGUGGUUGCAUUCUUCUUCACAAUUAAGUUCCUCUUUGAGCUUGCCGCACGUGUAGUCAGCUUCCUCCAGAAUGAGGACCGUGAGCGCCGAGGGGACCGGACUAUUUAUGACUACGUGCGGGGAAAUUACCUGGAUCCCCGGUCUUGCAAAGUCUCCUGGGAUUGGAAGGACCCCUAUGAGGUGGGCCACAGCAUGGCCUUCCGAGUGCAUUUAUUCUAUAAGAACGGGCAGCCUUUCCCUGCACAUCGGCCUGUGGGACUAAGAGUUCACAUCUCUCAUGUUGAGCUAGCAGUGGAGAUUCCAGUGACUCAGGAAGUCCUUCAAGAUCCCAAUUCCAACGUGGUAAAGGUGGCCUUCACUGUGCGCAAGGCUGGGCGUUACGAAAUUACAGUGAAGCUUGGUGGAUUAAAUGUAGCCUAUAGUCCUUACUACAAAAUUUUUCAGCCUGGAAUGGUGGUUCCUUCCAAGACCAAAAUUGUGUGCCAUUUUUCUACUCUCGUGUUGACCUGUGGGCAGCCACACACCCUUCAAAUAGUGCCCCGAGAUGAGUAUGACAACCCUACCAACAAUUCCACAUCUUUGAGAGAUGAGCAUAAUUACAGUUUGUCCAUUCAUGAGCUCGGCCCUCAAGAAGAAGAGAGUACUGGUGUUUCAUUUGAGAAGUCAGUGACAUCCAACAGGCAGACUUGCCAGGUGUUCUUGCGACUCACCCUGCAUUCUCGUGGCUGCUUUCGUGCCCGCAUUUCAUACCAAAAUCAGCCAAUCAAUAAUGGCGAAUUUGACAUUAUUGUCCUAAGUGAGAACGAGAGGAAUAUUGUCGAACGCAACGUGUCCACCUCAGGUGUGAGCAUUUACUUUGAGGCUUAUCUUUAUAAUGCUACCAACUGUACCAGCACUCCGUGGCACCUUCCACCCAUGCACAUGAGCUCUUCCCAGCGCCGGCCCUCCACUGCUAUUGAGGAGGAAGAUGAAGACUCGCCCUCUGAGUGCCACACCCCCGAGAAAGUGAAGAAACCAAAGAAGGUGUACUGCUAUGUGUCACCAAAGCAAUUCUCAGUGAAGGAGUUCUACCUGAAAAUCAUUCCCUGGCGCCUUUACACGUUCCGAGUGUGCCCAGGAACAAAAUUUUCAUACCUUGGCCCUGACCCUGUCCAUAAGCUGCUCACACUGGUGGUAGAUGAUGGCAUUCAGCCUCCUGUGGAGCUCAGCUGUAAGGAGAGGAACAUUCUAGCUGCCACUUUCAUCCGCUCCCUGCAUAAGAACAUAGGAGGCUCUGAGACCUUUCAGGACAAGGUGAACUUUUUCCAGCGAGAGCUUCGGCAGGUACAUAUGAAAAGACCACAUUCCAAAGUCACCCUGAAGGUCAGCAGACACGCCUUACUGGAAUCGUCUCUGAAAGCCACUCGGAAUUUCUCCAUCUCAGAUUGGAGCAAGAACUUUGAAGUGGUUUUCCAGGAUGAAGAAGCGCUGGACUGGGGAGGGCCUCGCCGGGAAUGGUUUGAUCUAAUCAGCAAAGCCCUAUUUGACACCACCAAUCAGCUCUUCACCCGGUUCAGUGACAACAACCAAGCAUUAGUGCAUCCCAACCCUAAUCGCCCAGCUCAUCUGCGUCUGAAGAUGUAUGAGUUUGCAGGGCGGCUCGUGGGCAAGUGUCUUUAUGAGUCCUCUCUAGGAGGAGCCUACAAGCAGUUGGUCCGAGCUCGCUUCACCCGUUCUUUCCUGGCCCAAAUCAUAGGACUACGUAUGCAUUACAAGUACUUUGAAACAGAUGAUCCAGAAUUCUACAAAUCUAAAGUUUGUUUUAUCCUCAACAAUGACAUGAGUGAGAUGGAGCUGGUCUUUGCAGAAGAGAAAUAUAACAAAUCAGGUCAACUGGAUAAGGUUGUAGAACUCAUGACAGGUGGAGCCCAAACCCCAGUAACCAAUGCGAAUAAAAUCUUCUAUUUAAAUUUGCUGGCCCAAUAUCGGCUGGCCAGUCAAGUGAAAGAGGAAGUGGAACAUUUCCUAAAAGGCCUGAAUGAGCUGGUCCCUGAGAACCUUUUGGCUAUUUUCGAUGAGAAUGAACUUGAGCUGCUGAUGUGUGGGACUGGAGACAUCAGUGUGUCUGACUUCAAAGCCCAUGCGGUAGUUGUUGGUGGCUCAUGGCAUUUCAGAGAAAAGGUCAUGAGGUGGUUUUGGACUGUGGUUUCCAGUUUGACCCAGGAGGAGUUGGCUCGGCUACUUCAGUUCACAACAGGCUCCUCUCAGCUACCACCUGGAGGCUUUGCCGCCCUCUGUCCCUCAUUUCAGAUUAUUGCUGCUCCAACCCAUAGCACGCUACCUACUGCACACACAUGUUUUAACCAGCUGUGCCUCCCUACGUAUGACUCCUAUGAAGAGGUGCACAGGAUGCUGCAGCUGGCCAUCAGCGAGGGUUGUGAGGGCUUUGGCAUGCUCUGACCACUCUCCUGCCAUCUGCUUGGCUCUCAGGCUCUCUGGAGCAUCCAAGCACACAUUACAGACAUCGUAACUACUGACCCUAACACACAUAACCAUCAGCCAGAAGAUGCCGCAUGCUCCCCUGUGUCUGGAGUAUUUUGUCACCUACGAGCCUUGUCCUUACCUCACCCCACCCCUGCCCAUGUUCACCACAGGCCACUUUGGCAUGGUCUGUAAGCUGAGCUCUCCAUGCAGUCAUAAGAAGAGGACUGCACUGCUGUCAUUUCAUUUGGUCAUUUGAAGAACUCAGUAGCUGAGGGAAGCUGGUGUGCAGAAAGCCUUAAAUCCACACCUUGCUCCACCUCCCUCUGCAGAUGCUUCUUGGAGGUGCCUUUGGCCCUCACUACUUGACCAGACUGGUACCUGAGUCCUUUUCGUGGACGGGAUCAUUGCCUCUUCUAGUCAGGAGCCAGCAGAGGCACAGUUAGGAAGUGGUCCACGUGAGCAAUCUUUGGUUUUGUCCCUUUCACAAUGGCAGGCACAGGCCAUGGCACUGGACUACCUCUAAUGAGGACUGAUAGCACAAAAGGAUCUUUUUUUGUGGUGUCAGAACUGGAAACAGCACUUUCCCUUCAUGCGUUUCUGGAACUGAUUAUUAAUGCAUAAAGAAGGACUGUCUAAGCUUUUUCUUGAAUUUUAGCCAGUGAGAAAAGCGGAUAGACUAAAGAAUGUGAAGGAUAGCUGAGCAGUGGCCUCCAGUGCUUAAUAUGAUUCUCCUUUAGGUUUGUGGGACAUGUCUAGGCACAUGACUACUGAGGCUUUUCCCUGAGUUCUUUUGGCUGAAGUGUGGCUGGGCAGGGCUCCUGA